AUUUGGCCUUCCAUAUUGCCAAAGUCCGUGCUCUGCCCUUUGUUUUUGCCAACCCAACUUCCCCCUUUUAUCUCCUCCUCACAAACCCAUAUUGGCCUUCUUAUCUUUCAACUUCCAUCCAUCGUUCAAUCACCAGUCAUCCGAGAAAACCACCCCACCUCCCAUUUUCCCAAGAAACAAACAGAUUAACAGGCAUGUCCUCUUCAACCAAACUGUCGUUCAUCUUCUUCUUCGCUUGCUCUCUCAUUCUUCGGAAAACUCUAGGGGAGGUUAUCUGCGAAGAGUUGCCAAUCGAUGCUUGUUCAUUUUCCAUUGCCUCGUCCGGAAAGAGAUGUUUGCUGGAGAACUACGUGAAGCCGGACGGGAGGGUUGAGUAUCAAUGCCGGACGUCGGACGUGAUCGUGCAGAGGAUGGCGGAGCACAUAGAAUCAGACGAGUGCGUCGCAGCUUGCGGCGUCGACAGAAACUCCGUCGGCAUCUCCUCCGACGCCUUUCUCGAGCCUCAGUUCACCGCCCGCCUUUGCUCGCCCAACUGCUUCCAGAACUGCCCCAACAUUGUCGAUCUCUACUACAACUUGGCCGCCGGCGAGGGAGUAUUCUUGCCGGAUCUCUGUGAGAGACAAAAAACCAACCCUCGCCGGGCCAUGAUAGAACUGUUGAGCUCUGGAGCUGCUCCGGGUCCGGUGUCCAUGGACUUACACGGCGCCGGCGCCAGCACCGCCGAUGCUCCGGCCUCUUCACCCGCCUGAUUCAUUCAUUAAUAUUGAAGAAGAGGACAUAUAUAUAGUCGUUGUUGCAGAUUUUGGACGUGAAAUGAACCCAUUCCUCAUCGAUUUGAGCUUGUAUUAAUUAGUUAAUUAAUUUUCCGAGGAAUAAUUAUAAUUCAUUGUCGGAUUGGAGAGAGAAAACAGGAGGAGGCGCGCAGGAUCGUACUGCACGUUGGGGACUCCUCUCGUUUCUCAUCAUCAAGAGGGCUUGUCAAAUAGAGAUUGUUGUAUUGAUUAUAUAUCUUUUGUUAUGCAUACUGCUUGGAUCAAUAAUAAACCCUCAUGAUUUGUGUGA